AUAACCAUUUCUCCGUUCAAAAUGGCUUCGGAUAAUAUAACUGAAGAAAUUUCCAGAAAACCCCCUGAAGAGCUGGAAAAUUUUCAACAUCAUCCCUUCCUUUCCAGACCCUAAAGCCUCUGGACCUCCAUUUCUGAAAACCCUAGAAAACCCGAUCAUGGCGACCGCCAUCUGCAAUCCAACGGUGCCCCUUCGAUUCUCUUCCCCACCCGCCGCUACAACCGCCCUCGCCAUGAAUUUGCGGGCUCCCUCGAGGAAUCUCGUUUUCCGGCAGCAGACUCGUCGAAAAACCAGGUUCCGGUUGUCGCCGGAGACCGGCUGUGGAUUCCCCGUCCGGAAGUUGGCGGUGAGCUGCCAGGUCGUGGUGAUUACCGAGAACGAGUUCUCGGAGCAGGUUUUGAAGUCGGAGUCCCCUGUUCUUGUUGAGUUCAUUGCCAAUUGGUGCGGGCCGUGUCGGUUGAUUGCACCUAUAGUCGACUGGGCUUCUCAGGAAUACAAAGACAGGUUAAAGGUUGUGAAGAUUGAUCAUGAUUCGAAUCCUAAACUGAUCGAAGAGUACAAAGUCUAUGGCUUGCCAGCCCUAAUUCUUUUCAAGAAUGGCAAGGAGGUCCCGGAAAGCCGAAGAGAAGGUGCGAUGACAAAGGUAAAGCUGAAAGAAUAUCUGGAUGCUCUGUUGGAAUCCGUAGCUGCUGCAUAAAUUUCCUUCUUCCCAGCGACGAUCAUAUGAUCUCAUUGUUUAGAAAUGUAAGGGGAUAGGUGCAGCGAUGGAUUCUGAUGUAUGGACCAGUAUCUCUUCUUGUAUCUGUGAUGUCUUUUCUUUGGUAAACUCCGUCAUGAGAUUUGUAACGCUGUUUCUCAAUAGCUUGUUCUGGAAAAAGAUGCAACCAGUUGAAGCUUUCAUGAGAGUAGAUGUAAUAAACUCUUGAAAUUAGUGGUCUUAAAAGGAUCAUUUUCGGCUUGUGAUUCUUUCAAUGCAGUUCACAUCCAAAGUGCUGUAUGGUAAACAAUGAAAAAAUGGAUUUUUAUUUUA